GACUUCCCAUCUCCGCCCGCCACCGAAGCAUUAGUUCAUCAAGAAUGCCGAGCGGCGGUAUCUGCGGUUACCCCGCGCAUGAUGCCCCGCACGCGCAUUAUCGCUCGCCGACCAACCAUUGACGUGCUAAACGCCGGAUAGGGUGACUAUCGGAAGCGUUCCGAUAACGCAGGUGAUUACUUGGGCAGAUAGGGUGCUUACGUUUGUAGUUCCGAGGUAGUGACCGAGGUCGUGGUUGCCUCCGUACGAGGGGCGGUGAUUUCCAAGGUUGGUCUGUCGCGACUUCUGUUUAUUUCCACACGUUAGAAGGAGGGGCUUUGUCUACUGUUGUUUCGGUAUCUGCGCUACUUCCUCUUCGUUUGAAGCUCUUCUCUACCUAGGUACUUAGCAAUCCUACUCGACUAGCCCUUGGAAUUCAACCAUGUCUCCACCGUCAGCGAUUGAGCCUCAAGCAGGCGACGAGUCCAAGGCAAACACGGUGGCACCGAACGAGCCUGGUCUGAACCAGAGAGAUGGAAAGAUUGAGAUGUUAAAGUUUCCCAAGCCGCCCAAGUUUGACGAUCCGUACAAGGAGCGGGCGUACCUGAAGGGCCGACUGGCAGCUGCUUUCCGCAUCUUUGGAAAGUAUGGAUUUGACGAGGGGGUUGCUGGGCAUAUCACGCUGAGGGAUCCUGUGGACCCAACGACGUUCUGGGUCAAUCCGUUCGGUGUCGCCUUCAGUCUGAUCAAAUCCUCGGACCUUAUCCUCGUCAAUGCAAAGGGCGAGGUCAUCGAUGGAGGGGAGUGCCGACUGCUGAACACGGCAGCUUAUAUGAUCCACCACGCUGUCCAUUCCGCACGCCCCGAUGUCGUCGCCGCAGCGCACUCUCAUUCGAUUUACGGUCGCACAUUCUGCGCACUUGGUCGCAAACUCGAUACCAUAACACAAGACUCAUGUGCAUUCCACAACGACCACGUCAUCUACGAGUCGUUCAACGGCGUCGUACUGGCGGAAGAAGAGGGCAAGAACAUUGCAAAAUGUCUAGGCGACAAAAAGGCUGCGCUGCUCCAAAAUCACGGCCUGCUGACUGUAGGCAAGAGCGUGGAGGAGGCAGUGUUCUGGUUCAUUAGCAUGGAGAAGUGCUGUCAAUCACAGCUGAUGGCGGAUGCAGCGGCAGUUGGGCGGGGUGGCGAGACGGUGAAGAUUACCGAGGAGGAUGCAGUUUACACACACAAGACGAUUGGGAGUUCUCUGGCCGGGUGGUUCAGUGCGAAACCGCUGUUCGACGUUAUACACAAGGAGACGGCGGGAGAUUAUCUGGAGUAGUCGGUCGUGUUUAGUCGAAUCAAGAUCAAUCGU